UUUAUAUAUAUAUUUUUCAAUACUUGUAGUUUGUACACUAAUUCUUUUAUUGUUAUUUAUAAGUAUUUUAUUAAACAUUAGUUUUAUAUACUUAGUGAAGUUGUGCAAUUGUAAAUGUUCUAAAUCAAUAAGAUUAAAAUUAACGUUUUUUGUAAAAUUCAAAAAUAUCAGGUUAUAAAAUUUAAUCAUAUUUUGUUUAUUUAAAAUAUGUUUAAGUCUUAAGUUGUAAACAUUGUUAUAGUUAUAUAUUUGCCAAAAAGUAAGUACUUAUGAUUUAUACAAUAAUUAUUUUCUAUAAGGUAGAUAUUAUAUUAAACUAAUGAUACGAAUUACAAUGAUAAAGGACCUAUUGUUGUUUUUGUAUUGUUUAACACAUUUAUAUAAUUUAUUUAAGCAAGUAUUUAAUUCAAGUUAAAUAUUAAUUUGUUAAAUUUAUUUAUGUUAAUAAUAAUUUGCAUUAAAUUAUUAUAUUAUUUCAACAAUAUUUUUUAAUUAUUAUAUUAUUUCAACAAUAUUUUUUAAUUAUUAUACUUUAUAAUUUCGUAGCUGAUAUUAAGGUAAAAUAAAAUAAAUUUGAAGGUUUAAAAAUGUUGAUAGUUAAAGCUUAUUAUUUUAAGAUUGAUAGGGUGCCUAAAUAGUCGAAUGUUUCAAUAGAAAUAAAAAAAACAAUUAUUAUAUUUAUAAAAAUUUAAACUUAACAAAAUGGAAAAUAUAUUUUGAUUAUUUAAUAAAAUUAUAGUAUUAGAAGUAUUUAAUAAUAUUAAAAAAUGAGGAAAUCCUAAUAUGUGAACAAAAGUAAGUAUAGACAACCAAUUUAAACAAAAAAUAAACAAGUAUAAAACUAUAAUUUCAUACACAAUUUUGAAAGAAUUUAGUAAUCUAGUAUAUUAUGCUUGUAUGUAGAAACUUAAAUAAAUUGUUUUAAUUUUUAAACAGUUGGUAAGCUAUUUUUAAAUUUUUUUGUUUUGGCAUCUAAUUUUUAAUUUUAACAUACUUAAAUUAAUAAUAAUAAUGUUGGGAAUUAUAUAGAUCUCCAUGGAAACCAAAUCAACAACUCUAACAAUAUAGAUGGGAUAGACACAAUGGGAAUAUGAGCUAAACUUGUAUUUAGGAACCUAAAACCUAAUAAAAUAUAACUAUAUUGUAUUGUUUUAAAUUAUAUCUAAACUUAACUGAUUUUUUAUAAAAAUAAAAUACUUAUAAAUUAUAGUAUAAUAGGUAUGAAAUUUUAAUUUAUUAAUGGAUUUAAGAUUGUUAACUCAAAUUAGAAUUGCAAUUCUUAUUAAAUAAACAAAUUAAAAUCUCAUUAUUAUUUUUAUUUGUAUUUGUCUUUAUUAUUUUUAUUUUUGAUAAUAUAGGAUGAUAAUAUACGAUGUAUCAAGUCCACUCUGAAUAAUUUGAAAUUUGAUAACAUUAAUUAUCUUUAUGAAUUCAAACAUUAUUUUAAUAUUGUUUGAGCAUCACGCUUAAUAUGUCCAAUGGUGGAAGUAGUGGACAAGAAACUGAUAAAAAUGGUUUGCUUUUAUUAUAUACCCAUAAUUCAGGGUGAUUUUUUAAUAUAGUUUUUUGAUUAUUAAUGGAGUUAAAUCAAAUGUACUUAAAAUCUUUGUAGAUAGUGUUUGUUCUUGAAAAAAAAAUCACCUUGUAUACCUAUACUUUUGUGAUGUCUAUUUAAUUAAUUAUAUAAUCAUUUCUGUAGGGUUUUCAUAUAUGGAUGAGAUUCCAGUAAAAAUUAUAGAAAAAUACAAGCCUCCAAAAAAGAUUGCUUUACCUGGUGUAUUACAGCAUAAACCUACAUCUAAUGCUUUAAAACAAAAGGUUAUAGAAUUAAUUAUGUUUUAAAUAUUUGUUUAAUCCAAUGCUUAAUUUAAAUUUUGUUGUAGUAUGAUUUUAAUUUGGAAAAAAAUGUGCUUGAGAAAAUGGCAAUAUGGAGCAAAAUGCGAGAAGAAACUCAAAAUAAACGUCAUUUUCAGGCUACACAGUUUAAAUCUCAAAAUUAUUUAGACUUAGAUAAGUUGACAUUAUUGGAUCCAACUCAAUCACAAAAUACUCAAGUUUUACAACCAAUACCUGCUCAACAAACUAAUUACAAAAUGUCUUCAUAUGAUAGCAUGCUCACUAAGAAUAUUAAUAUAUCAGAUUUUGAAUCUGAUACAUCAAGUCCAUUUGACAAUAUGGAAUUAAAAACUAUUAAUGAUUUAGAAGAAUUAGCUUCAGUUUUAAAACCUACACCAGUCUUGAGUUAUACAAAUAGUAAAAAUGACCAAUUAUCUGAUCUUAGUGUUUCUCAAUAUUAUCCAACUCCUAUUUAUAAUAAUUAUUCAGAAAAUUAUAGAAAUAAUAAAUUCAUGCACAGUGUUAACACACAAAUAAAUCAGCCUAUUAGUUCUAUUCCUUUAAAGCUUAAUAUUUUUGAAGAUAAUAGUAAAGCUAUUUUGCCGCCUGUUAUUAUGCCAAAUGUUUUAUUGGAACUAAAGGCUGAUUUAAAUACAUUAAAGUAUAAUGAUGAAUCACCAGUAAGUAUUAUAAAUUGAUCUAAUUAUUAUUGUAAAAAAAUAAAUAAUAAUUAUAUAUUUCUGUCUUAGGAUGAUUCCCAAAAGUCAAUUCCAUUCAAUAUCACUACUAAUGGAUCAAAAUCACCUACAUGUUUAUUUCCUAAUCCGUAUAGAUCACUUUCACCAACUAGCCAAUGUCUUGCAGAUCAGAUGCAUCAAAUGGGCUUUCCUUUAUCGCGUGCUGCUCGGGCGUGUAAAUUAUUUGGUAAAGAUGAAUCUAAAGUAUGUAACAAUGGUUUAUCAUUAAACAUCUGAUUAAAAAUUUUAUAAUAAUUGUCCAAUAUAAUUUGAAGGUCAUAGAAUUUUUAAUUCAAAUACAUUCUAUCGAGGAAACCAGUGGCUAUUCAGCUGAUCGUGUAGAACAAGCAUUAGUGGUUAAUAAUUUCAAUGCAGAUCACGCUAUUACAUUUCUUAAAAAUGUUGACAGGCUUAUUGAUUUUGGAUUUCGGGAAGAAAAUAUAUGCACUGCACUUGUCAAAUGCAAUAAUGAUCCCGACAAAGCACUUGAUAGCCUUGUUUCUUAUUAAUUUUAUAUUCAUAAAAACACAUUGUCAAACUGUACAAUAAUCGUGUAAUAUUAUGUAUUUAAAAUAUUUAUCAUAAAAAAGUGAAAAGUUGUGGUAGAUUUAUUGUAAUAUUAACAUGUUACAAAAAUUGAAACAUAAUUAUAUUUUAAAAUGUUAAACAUUUUUAAUUAUCAUAAUCAUUUUUAAUUUCAGUUAAAAUUUACCACUUUUCACUGCUUUGUGUUGUACUACCUACUUAUAAUAUGUAAUAUAUUUUUUAAUAUAAUAAAUUAUUUUGUGUAUACAUAUUUUUACCGUAUUUAUAUUAUUAUUAUAAUUAAAUCAUGGAUGAUAUGUAAUCAUUGAUUUUAAAUUUAUAGCUAAUGAUAUGUAUUGAAACAAAUAUUUUAAAAUUCUAC